AUGGAUUCCGAGAAGAAACUGUAUUUAGAACAUCUGCAGAAGGGACUGAAAGAGGCUAUGGAGGCACAGGAGAAGCAGAAUCCAGUAACUAGGAUAAGAUGCAAACUUGUUUCGGUGGAGAAAAAGUCAAACGUCCAUCUAUAUUCUCUGAGGAUUGUAACAAUGUCGAAGAGAGGCAAGAUAUCCAGAGUACUGAGAGAAGAGGAAAAGCUGUUUAUAGAGACUCCAGAUGGGCCACUGAAAUGUACCAUUGUGGAGGUUGAUAGAGAUGUGGUUAGGGUUGCCGGGUAUGGAAAGCUCAAAGGUAGCAAUUUUGAGGCAGUCCUAGAUCCUAAAUACAACUCCAAGACCUUGCUAGAUAGUCUUGGAAAAUUCAUAGAGUCUGGAAAGUCCUUUAGCGACUUCAUAAUAAAAUCCUGGAGAGCAAAUAGCGGAUUAGAGAAGAACUCCUUGGAAUUCAGUAAAGCACCUGAGGCUGGAAAAUUGAGUUUAUAUGAUACCUCGCUGAAUGAAAGUCAAAAAAGGGCAGUAGAGACAAUAGGACUCAAUGUCCCGUACAAAAUACUUGGUCCUCCGGGGACUGGGAAGACAAGGACAGUGGUGGAGAUAAUAUCGCAACUUUUGACGGCAAAAAAUAGGGUUCUUGUGUGUGGGCCAAGCAAUGUGUCAGUUGACAACAUCAUAGAAAGAUUUUUGAAGAGUAAGUACUUCCUGCACAAUGCACCUUCCUUUUAUCGUCUAGGGAGUUCUCUGAAGGGAUUAAGCCACUUGAACCUUGACUCGCUAGCAAAGUCGCAUACAAAGUUCAUGAAGGAAGAAAAAAAUGACAGGAACUUCUAUAGGGACAGAAAAGAGAAACAGAAGGAGUUUAUGAAGGAGAAGCAGACCAGCUCCUCCGUUGUGUUUGCCACUCUUUUCUCCUCUCUUAAAGAAAGGACAAGGUUCGACUGGGUUUUGAUUGAUGAGGCAUGCCAGGCGUCGGAGGUGGAAUCCUUCCUUGCAGUCGUCAAGGGUAAAAUGUUCAUUCUCAUAGGAGAUCCUAUGCAGCUAUGCCCUGAAACAUCCUCUUUGUAUGAGACUCUUGCCCUUCCAGUAGUGCUUCUGAAUGAGCAGUACAGAAUGCCUUCGGGUCUCAUGAGGUUUAGCAACGAUAUGUUCUAUAGAGGUGAAAUCAAAAGUGCCACAAGAGAGCAUAAGGCUACAUUUGGUGAAAGCCCGAUCCUGUUUGUUGACACACAGUACUUUGAGCUUUAUGAGAGCAACGAUGUUUCGAAAUCAAAUGUAGGGGAAGCAAUGAUAGUUAAAAGCAUUGUUGAGAUCCUCAAAGGAGAGGAGGUCGGGAUCAUAGCGCCCUACACCUCUCAAGUUCUGCUUUUGCAGGAAAUAGUAGAUGUGGAGGUCUCCACGGUAGACGGGUUCCAGGGACAAGAGAGAGACUACAUAAUACUGACGCUAGUAAGAUGUAAUGACAGAGAAGAGUUUGGGUUCCUCGACAAUGAAAAAAGGCUUAACGUUGCCCUGACUCGAUGUAAAAAAGGACUAGUGAUUGUUGGUGAUUCCAGGACAUUUAGAAGAUCGGAUAUCUUCCAGAAAUUGUUUAAGUUCCUAAAGGCCAACUCUUUAUGCCUAGACCCUGAGACAUUAAAGGAGUUCAUCAGAGCGAGGCAAUAG